UCCAAGUCACCCGAGGCAAAUGCCAUCAACGCCGCUCGCCGCGGCCGCGUCAGCCGCCGGCGCCCCCGUCAGCCGCCGCCUGAACCUCUCCCUCCUCGCCGACCGCUGCACCACCACGCGCGCGCUGGCCCGCGUCCACGCGGCCAUGCUUGUCUCCGGCCGCCUCGCCGAGAACGCCUUCGCGGCGUCUCGCCUCCUGGCCGCCUACGCCGCGCUUUCCCCGGACCCCGCCGCCGACGCGCUCGCGCUCCUCUCCUCCGUCCCUAUCGCCACCAACACCUUCAUGCUCAACACCACCCUCCGCGCACUCGCCUCCUCCUCGGAACCUGCCGCCGCGUUCCCCUUCUUCGCGCGCCUCCGGGCCACCGGCGCCCUUGCCGCGCCCGGCCGGCACACCUUCUCCUUCCUCCUCAAGGCCGCCGCGCGCCUCCCGCACCCGCUCCCCGUCGCCGGGCAGCUCCACGCACUCGCCAUUCGGCGCGGGGUGCACCUCGACGGCUACGUCGCCAAUGGGCUCGUCCGGGCCUACUCCGUGGCCGGCCGCCUCGGCGCCGCGCGCAGGGUGUUCGACGCGGUGCCCGAGCGGAACGCGAACCUGUACACCACCGUCGUCUCCGCGUACGCGCAGAACGGGCGGCACGAGGGCGCCUUGGCGGUGUUCGACGAGAUGGUCCGCGAGGGAUUUGAACUGUGCGGCGCUACGCUGUCAUCUGUGCUGUCCGCGUGCGCGCGGUCCGCGUCGGGUGGGCUCCAGAUGGGGCGCCGCGUGCACGAUCUCAUGGUGGCUCGCGGCGUGGCGGAGGGGACCGUCCUCGCCACGGCGCUCGUUGACAUGUAUGCCAAGAAUGGCGCCAUCGAGGAGGCGGUGGCGGUGUUCGACGGGAUGCCGGAGCGGCGCGUGGCGGCUACUUGGAACGCCCUGAUCUCGGGGCUGGCGCACCACGGCCAUGGCAAGCGCGCGCUGGAAGUGUUCGAGAGGAUGCAGCAGGAGGGUGUGCUGCCGAAUGCAAUCACACUCGUCGGAGCGCUCUCAGCGUGCUGCCACGCAGGGCUGCUGGAUGAAGCCCGCCGGCUUUUCAGGUCCAUGAUAGACUUUGGAAUCGCUCCAGGCAUCCAGCACUACGGGUGCAUGGUCAACCUCCUUGGCCGGGCGGGGCUCCUAUCGGAGGCAGAGGAGAUGAUAAGGGGAAUGAAAUGCAAAGCGGACACCAAGAUUUGGGGAGCACUUCUGACAGCUUGCAAGAAUCAUGGCGACGUCGAGAUCGCCGAGCGGGUGGUGGUGGAGAUGCUGGAACUGGAUCCUAGCAACCAUGGCGUGUAUGUUGUGCUGUCUAACUUGUAUGCAGAAGCUGGAAGGUGGCAGGACGUGGACAAGCUGAGGAAGGUGAUGAAGGGAGAACGGCUAUCGAAGAUCCCUGGUGCUAGCACAGUCAGUGAAUCAACGGAGCGACUGGAGGUCGCCACCACCAGAUAAGGUGCUGGUCCAAUUGCACUGGCUGGUGGCUUUGUGUCCACUAAGUGAAGAACAGAUGUGCUGCAUGUUUGUGAUAAUAUAAAGCUGCUAUGAGAGAGGAAAAGUUGGAUUGGAUCAAAUGCAUCUUAAGAUCAAGAUUGGAGGACUGAUAAUUGCAUAAAACAGCACGAAGCAUUGCAAAGGAUAAAUGCUGCACUUCUGACAAUAUGAAUAUCACCAACAUUGAGACCGGAUGAUGGCAAUACUAAUUCCGCAUGGUAAUACACUGAUGAGUUGUUUACAGAGGCCCAAUUCAGCAUGACACAAGUACGCCAUCACUCUACAUAGAUGCUAAAAAAUUCUUCCUAGAAUUCAGAGGAAGGGAGGUGCUAUACAGUUGAACCACAAACUCAGUUAUGUUCUCCUGCGCUGCGUAUUUGGUAUUUUUGUCACUAACAAAGCAGGCUGUAUGAUGGCAUGUCUUCGAUCCUCAUCACAUCAUCCAGCAUGAGCUCCCUCUCCAGCUGGGUUCGUGUUGACUUCAGUACCUCCUACGAGUGGCAUCACAAACAUGAGACAAGUAGAUUUGGGUUCCAACUGAGGAUGAGAUGUGAAUAAGCAGGUAUUUACAUUGAAGUCCAUGUAAGAGGCGUUCUUGUCAAGCCACUGCUUGUCCAUCACAACAAAUGCGACACAGUAGAGCAGAUCAAAUGCCCACUCAUCCUCUAGGACAAGGAAGUCAAGCAAUUCGUUGGAUACUGAAGGUACAUUAAAAUGUCAGAGCAGAAGCACAAAAAAGUUGCUAAAGCAGUCCUACCUGAAAGCAUUUGAAUAAAAAUGGCUCGGACAAAUGUUCUUGGCUUUGCUGCAAUCAAUAUUAACUUCUAGUUAGAAAAAAUACAUUUUUAUAGUCAUAACAAGAUGGCAUUGGAGAGUCUGGGUCAGUCCUUACUUGACUGUAGAUCAAGCAUCUGCAUGAUCAUGAAUGUAAUGUUUACACCAGCAACUGCGAAUGGGUACUCCCAUGUGGCUCUGUUACCACACUGUUUCUUUAGCAACCUCUGAAAUGAUGUCUGCAGAAAUAAAAUUAGAUGGUUCCUCACUA